AUGAGUCCAAACGUAUCAAUAUCAAACGAUUCUUCGGAAUAUUCUGAUCAUCAAGUGGAGGUCCAAUCGAUUACUUCUCAAUCUACAGAGAAAAAUGGUAAUGUCGUUGAGCAAUGUGACGCAGUCGUUGAUUCUGGAGAACAAGUUGAUGAAGAGAAUGACAAAGAAGUGAAUGAUUAUUCUUUUAAAAAUUGGUUUUUGAAAGGUAAGAGAAGUAGGACCAAUUCCAAUGUCAAUUUAGAGGAAGCUAUCGAAUCUGUAGUUAGCGCUAGCAAGCCUGAAAUCAACUCAACUGAUUUGAAAAAUAGUGCUUCAUUUAGAAGAAGUUUUAGAUCUUUAUUUAAAAGAGAAACCGAGCCUAUUACAAUUGAUAAUGAAAAGUCCAUUAUAAGUGAAGUUGAAGAAGUAGAGGAUUCUAAGAUUGAUCCACCAAGUAUUGAAAAGGAACAACUUGUCGAUGAACAUCAACCAAACAGAUUUUGGAGAUCUUGGAGACAUUCCCAUCGCCAUGGAUCUGCUUCUGAUUUAAGUUCAGUAAGAGAUUUCGAGGAAGAUGAGAAUGUCAAAACUUUACGUAAAAGCCAAUCAAGAGAAGAGCUAAUACUCUCCAAUGAAGCUAAACGGAAAAGAAAUAUGAAAAAAUUAGAGCUUGAAUUGAUUAAUGCUUCUCCUUCUAAAACAGAAAAAGUAUUGAGUGACACUUCCCCAAGUCCAAUUAAUAAUUUUAUAGAUUCAAAUGCAAAAGAGCAACCUCAAUAUGAAAUAAGUAGCAGUUCGAGUUCAAUUGAAAGAGCAGCUGCAAUUAAAGAUAGAUUGGGUUCAAUUUUUUCAACAGAGUCUGCUGACGCCAGCAAAGAAGAAAUAUCUCCUCUGACACCAUUAGAAGAUGAUGUGUUGGAAGGUGCUUAUAAGCAUGUAUUCGAAACACCCAGAGAAUACUCAAGUUUCACUUCAAAUUUUGAUUCACUAUUUAUUGAUAGAAAAUCCCAUGUGUAUAGUACCAUUUCUGAGAUAUUGAAGCUCGUCGAUGGGAGUGACACAACGAUAUUGAAUCAAGAUAGCCCUAAAGAAUUGACGAUAAGUCAAGUAACUGAUGAAGUAUUGAAAUUUGUAAAAAUGAAGAUAGACAUUGAAUCAAAAUUGAUGGAAACUAAAAAAGCACUGGAGGAAGAAGUUAAAUUAAGUGAUAGAAAAUUGAAAACUAUUGAAACAAAACAAUUUAUGUCUGAAGAAAAGCUAAAGAUUUUAGAGGUUCAAUUAAAGACUCAAAUUAAUGCAAAGGAAAGUAUUCUCGAAAAGGUAUCACUACUCAAUGAUAAAUUACUUGAAUUAGAAUUACCUUCUGAUAUUACUGAUGCUGAAAACCCGAAUUCAUAUUCACCAGAUACUAAGAUGUCUGACUUCAGCUUAGAGACAGUUUUGAAUAAUGCAUCUUCGAAUCCAGAACUAAUGAAAAAUUUCGAUUCUCUAUCAAAUUUGAUUAAUAAAUGCAAGAAUUUAAAGAAUAAAUAUAGAAAUAUCAAAAUGGAUAACGCACAAUUGGUAAAGGAGUAUGAAGAAUUAACAAGAAGUUACAAUGAAUUAUUUAAGUCAAAUGAAGAACUACAAACAAAGAUAAAGAACAAUGAAGAAAGACUUCAAAGCUCAAAUAAAUCAAAAGAAGUUAAUAUUGAUUCAACAAAAUUACUAUGUGCUGAAACGAAUAUUAGUAAUUUAAAAAUAGCAAAUAAAAGGUUAACAGCAGAUUAUCAAAGAGAAAGAGCAAAAUUAUUAGAUCUAAGAAGUAAAGAAAAACAAAGGGAAAGAUAUCUUCAAGUCUAUGAAACUUAUAGAUCAGAGUCACUUCAAUUCAUGGUAUACUUGAUGCAUUCUUUUAGAUCGUUUAUUUCUAAUGACACAUUGGAUGAAUACGACAGCUAUAUCAAAGCAUUGAACAAUUUUUCGUAUACAAAGGAUCACUAUAGCAAUGAAGAAAUCGAUAAUAAGCUUAACGAUUUUGUUAAUAAGUUAACUGAAUUUUUUCAUAAUGUUGCCAAAGCUAAAUUUGUUGACCAGUUAAUGGCAAAACAUGUUUCUUACAUGUUAUCGAACGAUUUUUUGAGCAAACAAUUAUAUGGUUUAAGGAAACAAAAUACAGACUAUGAACAAUUUGCAAAACAUUUACUUGAGGAAUUAAAUACACUAAAAAGUAAUCCACCCGGUAAUAUAAAUAAGACUCAAAGUCAAAGCCAUUGA